AUCAAAUCUCCGUUGUUGGUAACCGCACCACAUCCAAACUAUCCCCAGGCGGAGCUCGUCUCUGCACUGGGUGCUCUUAUCCCACUCUAUACACCUUUGAACGUUCGUGAAGAGGAAGAGCCGAAUAAGUUUGAUAAACUCGGAUUACUGCCGAUAGAAUUGGAUGACUUGGUGUGUUUGGUGGAAGCGUUUGAGGCAUCAUUCACCGUUUGCCGAGAUAUUGCUGAAACUGGACCUGAGCGAAUGUCGCCUCCCAAAGUGGCGGACUAUAUAAGGUCGGUCUUCGAUAGUAAAGAAAUCACAGUGGAGGUGACAGAUGAUCAAGACGUGAUAAAGAAGGAAUAUCCCAUGAUGGCAGCUGUCAACCGGGCGGCGAAUACCGUGAAGAACCACCAGGCUCGUCUUAUUCGUCUAGAAUAUGUCGGUGAAGGGGAAAUCGAGAAUACUUACUUCUUGGUUGGAAAGGGCGUAACCAUCGACACUGGUUAUGCAAUCGUUGCUGGAUUCUUCAAAGCUUUGGAAGUGCUUCAACCGAAAAAUAUCAAGGUUGUUGGUUACAUGUGUAUGGUUCGUAAUAGCAUCGGAUCGCAUGCCUAUACGACUGACGAAGUGAUUACAGCGCGAAGUGGAAAGCGAAUCCACAUUUACAACACUGAUGCAGAAGGAAGAAUUACCAUGCUGGAUCCUUUGACUAAAGCCAAAGAAGAAGCUCUUAACGAAGUUAAUCCUCACCUGAUGACAAUCGCUACCCUUACUGGUCACGAAGUUCUAGCGUACGGUUACUACGCGGCUUUAAUGGACAAUGGCCCUGCAAAACGAAGCGGCUGGGCUCGUCGAAUUCAGGAUGUCGGAGAUGCAUAUGGACAACCCGUCGAAAUCAGUCGGUUACAACCGGAGGACUUCGAUUUCCAUAAAGCUGAAUGUGAGCAGGCACAUGUACGCCAAGGGGGUACGAAGCCUUCCACUCAAAAUAUGCGAGGCCAUCAAUGUCCCGGGGCUUUCUUGAUAAUGCUCCUCUGUUCUUUUUAUUCCCAACUAUAUUCGGGAGCAUCUCGAUUGGACGAACAUGGAUGCGAUAGCGAUCAUCCUUUGAAAUUCACUCAUAUCGAUAUGGGAAGCGCACCAGGCGAACAUCCCGAGACGAGCUUUCCUAAUCCGUUGGUCACUUUAGUUGCCGAUCUGAUACUGCCGAAACACCAAUGA